AUGCCUGUCGGAACUGUCCUCGUCACCGGUGGCACCGGCUACAUUGGCUCCUUCACCACCUUGACCUUGCUCGAGAACGGCUAUGAUGUCGUCAUCGUCGACAACCUGUACAACUCCUCCGAGGUCGUCAUUGACCGCAUCGAAAAGCUCUGCGGCCGCCGCCCCGAGCUCUACAAGGUUGACAUCACCAAUGAAAAGGCCCUCGACGACGUCUUCGCCAAGCACCCUUCCAUUGACAGCGUCAUUCACUUUGCUGCUCUCAAGGCUGUCGGCGAGUCUGGCGAGAUCCCACUCGAGUACUACCGUGUCAAUGUCGGCGGCAGCAUUGCCCUUCUCCGCUCCAUGGAGCGGAACAACGUCACCAACAUUGUCUUUUCUUCGUCGGCUACCGUCUACGGCGACGCUACCCGAUUCCCCAACAUGAUUCCCAUUCCCGAGCACUGCCCGAUCGGCCCUACCAACACCUAUGGCCGCACCAAGUCUAUGAUCGAGGAUGUCGUCAAGGACUGCGUCAAUGCGCAGAGGAGCAACCUAAAGAAGGCCGGAAAGCCUUUUGAGCAGUGGAACGGCGCCUUGCUGCGAUACUUUAACCCUUGCGGCGCCCACCCCAGCGGUAUCAUGGGCGAGGAUCCCCAGGGUGUUCCGUACAACCUGCUGCCGCUUCUGGGCCAGGUCGCCACAGGCAAACGCGAGAAGCUUCUCGUCUUUGGCGAUGACUAUCCGUCCCGUGACGGCACCGCCAUCCGCGACUACAUCCACGUCAUCGACCUCGCCCGCGGCCAUCUUGCUGCCCUCAAGUACCUCCGCGAAAACAAGCCCGGUGUCAAAGAGUGGAACCUGGGCUCUGGCAGAGGCAGUACUGUCUUCGAAAUGAUCAAGGCAUUCAGCGCCGUGGUAUUUGGGCCAGACAGCGGCAAACAGCUAGAGCACGAGAUUGUCGCCCGCCGACAGGGCGAUGUCCUCGAUCUCACGGCCAACCCAACCCUCGCCAACAAGGAGCUCAACUGGAAAACGGAGCUUGGUAUGGAGAAGGCAUGCGAGGAUCUAUGGAGGUGGGUCAAGAACAACCCUGAGGGGUAUCGUCAGCAGCCCCCGGCCGAGCUGCUGGCUGCCAUCAAGACAUCUUGUCCUUCUUGA